GAAGAUGUUCGAGGCUUUUAUUUUGACGGGUUGUUCGCGGAUAUCGGGGCCCGUGAGCGCAGAGAAGCUUCGGUCCAUCGCGAAUCUUCGCUAAUAAAAUCGAUAUUAAAGCAGUAAUGAUCGCGCAGCAGCGUGUUUGUGCACUUUAAUCACAUCUGCAGCAUCACAGUGUGUCCAGUCGGGUCAUGGCGUCGGGUCCAGAGGCCGUCCACUACAUCCACCUCCAUAACUCCAGUCAGUCGGUGCUGGAAGCCUUGAGAUCUCAGCGGCGUAAAGGUCUGUUCUGCGACGUCACCGUCCGCAUCCACGACGCGUCUCUGCGGGCUCACGCCUGCGUCCUGGCGGCCGGCAGCCCCUUCUUCCAGGACAAGCUGCUGCUGGGUCACUCGGAGAUCUCGGUUCCGCCGCUGGUCCCGGCCGAGACGGUGAAGCAGCUGGUGGACUUCAUGUACAGCGGCUCGCUGGUGGUGCUUCACUCGCAGGCGCUCUGCAUCCUCACCGCCGCCUCCAUCCUGCAGAUCAAGACCGUCAUCGACGAGUGCACGCAGAUCAUCUCGCAGAGACGCGCCGCCGUGGCGGGCGGAGCCUCCGCGGGAGGGGUGGGGCCCAAGCAGGAGGAGGGCGGCGGCGACGACGGGAAAGGCCGGGAGAGCGCGGCGCUGCAGGGCUUCGCUUACGGCAUGGCCGGGGACUGCGGCUCGGACAUGGCGGCCGCUCUGGGUGGCGGCGCUCAGGCGGAGGGUGGCGGUCUGGAAGGGGGCGGAGUCGGCCCUCUGAUGCCCCUCGGCGAGUUAGGAGGCGGGGCCAUGUGUAGAGGGGAGGGGCUUGGCGUCGCAGGGGGCGGGGCCAUGCUGAAGCCCUCGAGCUGCUCGCAGGAGAUCAGCUACAUGCUGAACGCGGAGCGCGGCGCGAACGUGGGCUCGCAGAACAUCGCCGCGAACGAGCGCGGUCAGAUGGGGGCGGAGUACGGUGGCGUGGGGGAGGAGCUGGUGAGCGGCGUGGAGCGGUUCAGCGAAGACGACGAGAGAGACGCGCACGAUGCCGACAGAGACACGGAGAGAGACAGACAGACGGCGCACACGCGCAAACAGAGACAGCCGCUGCGGCUGCAGGUGCUGGGCGGUGAGGAGGUGGUGGUGAAAAACGAGGGCGUGCAGGAAGGGGAGGGUCUGUUUGAGAUGGACGAGAGAGGAAACGCAUCACAUCAGCCCACCUACGGACAGGGCGGGUUCUACGAGGACUCCAACGUCUUCUCGGGCGGCUUCUGGUCUCAGGCGGAUCCGCAGACGUCUCUGGGCUCGAACCCCCGCGGCCGGGUCAGCAAACCCCUCUCUCCGCCGCCGCCGCCCUCCCAGAACCUCGGCAGCCAGAUGCUUUUCCAGUUUCCUGCCAGCGAAUCGCAGCCCCCGUCCUUCUUCGUGGGCGGACCCAUGGUGAUCGACAACUUGGCUGAUUCGUGCCAGCAGGCCCCGCCCCCUGCUCCCCUGACCCCAGCUCCGCCCCCCUCCACCCCAGCAUGCAUUGCUGGUCCGAGCUUUGCACCCCAGGGCUCUGAGACGUCCUUCGACUGCAGCCACUGCGGAAAGUCGCUGCGCUCCCGCAAGAACUACAGCAAACACAUGUUCAUCCACUCCGGUCAGAAGCCGCACCAGUGCAGCAUCUGCUGGCGCUCCUUCUCUCUGCGCGACUACCUGCUGAAGCACAUGGUGGUGCACACGGGCGUCCGGGCGUUCCAGUGCUCCGUCUGCAGCAAGCGCUUCACGCAGAAGAGUUCGCUCAACGUGCACAUGCGGACGCACCGCGUGGAGCGCACCUUCACCUGCGGCGUGUGCCACCGUGCCUUCACCCACCGCACGCUGCUGGAGAGGCACGCCCUGCAGCACCAGCACCCCGCGCCCAUCAAACCGCCCACCAAUCACAUGGAGCAGGGCGGCGGCGGGAUGGGCGGGGCCAGCGGACCGGGCUCCGCCUCCUAGAGACGGCGGUCGGAUCGAACCCAGGAGCUUUAACGCACUCACUCACACUCACGACAAGCCAGAAAACCUCAUAAAACACACAAACCUCAUGGAGAGACUCACUAAACGCAAACCACACGGUCCCGCGCGUGUGACGCCGGGGACUUUAACGUCUUUUUCAAUGUUUUACGUGUUUAAUCUGUGUUUUCAUGGACUCAUCAGAAACCACAAUGACCUCAGGACCUGAAGAGACUUCAGAGCAGAUUUAUUACCUCCAUUUUUAUUUCAACAUCAACCUCCAUUUUUACAUUUUUUAUCAAGUAUAUGCAUAAAUCUUAAUGAUAUUUUUAUGGUGAUAUGAUAUGUAAGAGUUUUACGUUUGGCUUAAAUGCUGCGCGGGGAUCGUGGGAUCUCCUGUAUUGUACUCGGCUUUGGUUUUCGUAUCUAGCAUGCGCUCGCUUUACGCUGCAUGAGGCUGCAUUAAAUGCGUUGUGACGUUUCA